AUGGUGCGCCAGCUGCACGAUGGUAUGAUGGCGCGAGUCACGGAUAACGGAGCUGUCUCAGAGGCAUUCGAAGUGACCAAUGGAGUGAAGCAGGGCUGCGUACUGGCGCCUACCCUCUUCAGUCUUAUGUUCUCUGCCAUGCUGAUGGACGCCUACCGCGACGAACGCCCCGGGAUCCGCAUCGCCUACAGGACGGACGGUCACCUCCUGAAUCCACGGCGGAUGCACUUCCAAUCGCGCGUCUCCACAACCACCGUUCACGAACUCCUCUUCGCCGACGACUGCGCCCUGAACACCACCUCGGAAGAGGAGAUGCAACGGAGCAUGGACCUAUUCUUCGCCGCCUGCGAGAACUUCGGUCUGGUCAUUAACACGCAGAAGACGGUGGUCAUGCACAAACCGCCAUCCAACACAGCCCCUCCCCACAAUGCGCCACAGAUCAGCGUGAACGGAACCCAACUACAAGUGGUGGAGAACUUCCUGUACCUGGGCAGCACCCUCUCCCGCAGCACCAAAAUCGACGACGAGGUAGCCUGCCAUAUUUCUAAGACAAGUCAAGCCUUCGGCCGCCUUCGAAGCACAGUUUGGAAUCGUCACGCUCUCCAGCUCAGCACAAAACUGAGGAUGUACAAGGCAGUCAUCCUCCCGACGAUGCUGUAUGGAGCAGACGUGGAUGGUGUACACGAAGUAGGCAUGCCGACUCAACCAAUUCCACUUCAGAUGUCUCCGACGGAUACUGACGCUGAGUUGGCAGGAUCGAAUCCCCGACACCGACGUACUGGAGCGGACGGAAAUCCUCAGCAUCUGCGCAAUGCUGAGACAACUGCAACUACGUUGGAGCGGCCAUCUCGUGCGGAUGGACGACGAGCGUCUACCCAAACGAUUCUUCUAUGGAGACGUCGCCAGGGGUCCCAGCCGCCAAGGAGGCCAAACCUGCCGAUACAAGGAUACUCUGAAGUCCUCCCUGAAGCGUCUACAAAUCAAUCCGGCCAACUAGGAAGACCUCGCCCGAGACCGUCCGACCUGGAGAAGGACAGUAAAGAAAGGCGCCAGGAUUUACGAAGCCAACCGCAUGGCCGCCGGGAAAGCCCCACCCACACCCUGUUGCUCAGUGAGCCCACCACCACCACCUCAUCUCCGAAGCUGACACCGGCACGAUCGACUUCUCGUGUCCGCACCGUCCCUGUACCUUCACCUCACACAUCGGCCUGGUCGGUCACCUGCGAAUCCAUCGCACAGAGACUUGCGAACCAGUGCCUGUAG